AUGCCGGACUUCAGCGGCAACUCUUUUGCUGAAGCCAGUUUUGCCCUCGACGCCGCGCUCAGAAGUGACCCCGAAAUCCCCCUCGGGCCGGGAUCCACAGGCGACUCUCGCUUGCUGGUGCUGCAUGCGGACGGGUCCUUCACGCGAAUGUCUUCGGACCAAAAACCAAAUGAUCCAAAAGAAACAAAAAGAGUCAAAAGAGCUGGAGGUUCUGUUCUCCGCACGGCCAUGGGUGUUUGGCGCAUUGACGGCAGGCUCGCCCUCAGCCGCAGCUUCGGCGACUUCGUAAGCAGCAGCAGCAGCAGCAGCAGCAGCAGCGGCAGCAGCGGCAGCAGCAGCAGCGGCAGCCGUAGCAGUAGUAGUACUGGUGUAGCAGUGGCGGCAGCGGCAGAGUCGCCUCAGCCGCAGCUUCGGCGACUCCGUAAGCAGCAGCAGCUGCAGCAGCAGCAGCAGCAAUGA